AUGAAGGGUUUCACCAAGAGCGCCGGAUAUCUUGCGUUAUUAGCAGCGCUGGCCAGCGAGACCAUCGCUCUGCCAGUUCAAGAUGCGCCGCUAAGAAUCGAGUGGCGAUCCCUGUCAAGCGCCGCAAAAGCAGACUACAUCAGCGCAGUAAAGUGCUUAGAUGGGUUGCCGUCAAAGAUCGGUCUCAAAUCGUCGCGAUACAACGACUUCCCCUAUGUCCAUGCUCAGCUCAACAACGAAAUUCAUUUUGUCGCUCAAUUCCUCCCCUGGCAUCGGUACUUUGUACACAUCUAUGAGACAGCCUUGAGAGAUGAGUGCAGGUACACAGGCCCAAUGACCUACUGGGACUGGACCCUUGACUCUGAAGACAUGUCUAAGAGCCCCGUUUUCUCCAACGACACCACCAUCGGAUUCGGAGGAAACGGCCUGAAUGGCGGUUUAGUCUCACCAACGCGACCGAACCCGUUGACCAUGUGCGUAAUUGACGGGGCUUUCGCCAACUUUACCGUGUCUUACUACACAACGACAGCGCUCUCGCAUUGUCUGAAUCGCGGUUUCAAUGACGGUAUUGGGGUGAAUGCCGGCCCUUACGAAGGCGGCUUGUACUCGCCCGGGAAGAUCUCAGGAAUCAUCAAAACCUCUAGCAACUUUUCUACAUUCGCGACUACUUUGGAAAACGGACCCCACGGUGCGAUUCACUCAGCCGUUGGAGGAGACCUGUUCCCUUCGACAUCUCCAAACGAUCCCUUGUUCUUCCUCCAUCAUGUGCAGAUCGACAGACUUUGGUGGCUUUGGCAGCAGGCUGAUCUCACAAAUCGGAUGCUGGACUUUUCGGGACGAAGAAACCUGCCCUCGGGGGAAGCUGAUACCCGGCCAGCGUCUCUGAACGACACGCUGCCAACGCUUGGCUUGGCGGCCGAUAUCCCCAUUCAACAAGUCAUGUCAACAACGACAGACUUGCUGUAUUAUAAGUAUUAG